GACUGCAAAAAAGAAAAAAACACAGUGAGAUACAAGGUAAAGGCCACAAAAAGACACAAAAUAUAGGAGGCAGACGCUAUAAACCACCCCCCUCCUCCCAAAACACAACAAAAAGAAAAGACAAAAAGCUGUAAACAAGAUUGCAGACAAAGGUCGUAUCUCCUUCCCCAAAGGACCUCUCCUUUGGGCCACAGGCAGUAAAAUUCCCAAAAGCCCAGACAGAGGAACAGGUGAUAUCUCCUGUACCUCCGUCUGGGUUAUUGGGGAAAUAUUUCCCAAAAAACAAAAUGGUGAUACAGGCGGUAUUUCCCAAAAGGCCAGUCGGAGGCACAGGUGUUAUUUCCAAAUAACCCAGACAGACACACGUGAUAUUUCCCAGAAGGCCAGAUGGAGGCAUAGGCGAUAUUUCCCCCAAACAAAAUGGAGGUACAGGCGGUAUUUCCCAGAAGGCCAGAUGGAGGCACAGGCGAUAUUUCCCAAAAGCCCAUUCGGAGGCACAGGUAAUAUUUCCCCAAAAGGCCAGAUGGAGGCACAGGUGAUAUUUCCCCGAAAACAAAAUGGAGGCACAGGUGAUAUUUCCCAAAAGCCCAUUCGGAGGCACAGGUGAGAUUUCCCCCAAAACAAAAUGGAGGCACAGGUGAUAUUUCCCCAAAAGGCCAGAUGGAGGCACAGGCGAUAUUUCCCAAAAGCCCAUUCAAAGGCACAGGUGAUAUUUCCCCAAAAGGCCAGACGGAGGCAAGGUGAUAUUUUCCCAAAAGGCCCGACAGGCGCACAGGUGAUAUUUCCCAAAAGCCCAUUCGGAGGCACAGGCGAUAUUUCCCCAAAAGACCAGAUGGAGGCACAGGCGAUAUUUCCCCAAAAGGCCAGACGGAGGCAAGGUGAUAUUUUCCCAAAAGGCCAGACAGGCGCACAGGUGAUAUUUCCCAAAAGCCCAUUCGGAGGCACAGGUGAUAUUUCCCAAAAGACCAGACAGAGGCACAGGCGAUAUUUCCCCAAAAGACCAGACGGAGGCACAGGCGAUAUUUCCCCAAUAACCCAGAUGGAGGCACAGGUGAUAUUUCCCAAAAGCCCAUUCGGAGGCACAGGCGAUAUUUCCCCAAAAGACCAGAUGGAGGCACAGGCGAUAUUUCCCCAAAAGACCAGAUGGAGGCACAGGCGAUAUUUCCCCAAUAACCCAGAUGGAGGCACAGGUGAUAUUUCCCAAAAGCCCAUUCGGAGGCACAGGCGAUAUUUCCCCAAAAGACCAGAUGGAGGCACAGGCGAUAUUUCCCCAAAAGACCAGAUGGAGGCACAGGUGAUAUUUCCCCAAAAGGCCAGACGGAGGCAAGGUGAUAUUUUCCCAAAAGGCCAGACAGGCGCACAGGUGAUAUUUCCCAAAAGCCCAUUCGGAGGCACAGGCGAUAUUUCCCCAAAAGGCCAGACGGAGGCACAGGCGAUAUUUCCCCAAAAGACCAGAUGGAGGCAUGGUGAUAUUUCCCCAAUAACCCAGAUGGAGGCACAGGCGAUAUUUCCCAAAAGCCCAUUUGUAGGCACAGGCGAUACUUCCCCAAAAACAAAAUGGAGGCACAGGCGAUAUUUCCCCAAAAGGCCAGACGGAGGCAUGGUGCUUUUUCCCUAA